AUGGCAUGCCACAGUACCACCAUCGGCACAACGUUCUUCGCACAGCUGUCCGUGCAGCCCCCAACGACGUUCGUGGUUCCUAUCCACCAGCAAAACGCUGCGCAACGUCUUCACUACGCCAUCGAUCAAGUGCGCACCCAGCCCGGCCAUUCACGCCUCAGCGUUGUUUCUUACGCUCAGGAAGAUGAUUCAGGUAAAGCUAUCUUGUAUCGCUUCAGACUUGAGAACCCUGCUGACCUGUCCAGCGAGCCACCUACUCAGAACUUCGAGCUUACAGUGACAGAGUAUCGACAGAUGGUGACUGCGGACACUGGAAGCGAAUGGAUCGCCAACCUCGACGAGCUGAUAACAAGAAGCUCUGAAAGAGCCUUUCUCGAAGUCAAAAAGACCUACUCCGCCGGCAACGGCAUCGAUACCAUCUUCGAGGCAGCACGAUGGGACGACGACUGGGCAAGGAUGCUGCCUCGCCCGGUCGAACAGCUCUUCAUGGCCCGCUUGGACCCCGUCACUAUGGAGGAUUUGGAACAAAUGGAAGGAACGGCUGGAUCAGCAGAUGCUUUAAUCCAGGUCCGUCUGCCAUGCAAGCAUCUCAUUGGCACGAGUAAGGCUGAGCUGGACUCUCUCUCCUCCCAGAUGAUGCUGGAUCACAUCUGUCCGCAAUGCGGCAGUCGGACUUUGCAAGAUGAAGAGCAGCCGGAGAUUAUGUUGAGAACUGCCAUCGAGCGAGCUGACGAGUACAAGCACCUUAAUGAGAGCUGGACUUCUUUGGAUAACGACGAGCCAGUCGAAGGCGCGCACCAGAUCUCCUUCUCACCCGCGACGUUGCUCGAAUCUUUGGACACUGCGUUGCACAGCCUCAACACUCCUCCUCUCACAAUGACUCCGCCAAAUCUGAACCCAGUGAGCUUUAGCGAGACACGGGCAGUGAACGCGCAUUUCGAGAGUGUGAUUAGAGCCGCAGGUGACGAAAUCAAAACAACUCCCGCUGAACUACUACGCCAGCUUCAUGACACUGCAGACGGCGCGCAUCGGAUCGAUAUCGAGGAACAGCAUCUGCUCGUCUCGCAAACAAUGGUGCCUCCGACGUUCGACGAAUUCAAGAACAUUUGGUUCCGGAGGACUGUGGGCCAUCUCGUUGACCUGCUGGCGCUAGACGGCACUAGAGACGACUCCGACAGUGAAAGUGAUGGGGUCGACGCAACACUGAUGGAGAUCGAGGUGAGAAUGGAUGAACAACUCGAUCUUGAUGGCACAGGGAACGUGCAACAGCUACUCGAGUUUGGCGCUGCUGAAAACGACGUUGGGGAUGCUGAGAACGACGUCGAAGAGGCACUGUUGGAGGCCCAGGAACGAACGGAGGGAAUCCAACUUUAG